CAUCAUCCAUCAUCACAAUCACCAUCGCAUCCCAUUCAACAAUAACAACAACAACACCCACAGCAUCAUCAUCCCACAGUAACACAAAACAUACAAUACACGGAUAGCCUAAAGGCUCACCUCCCAUUGUUCGCCGCAUAUCGUCAUCCAUCUCCACAGGCAGCCACCGAAAACGACCAAUCAACCAUCAAUCACAAACCGCCAACUCUUUGACCUUGAUUCAUUGUCACAACCUCUGUCAAAGCGACGUCUAGUGGCGGCGUAUGGCCAACCUUGAACCGACGCAAUCGUCGGCAGAUGUCCUCGCUGAUCAAGUCGAGCCCGGUCCCUCAACAGACCCGGCUGUAGACGCAGCUCCCGACCCGUCGUCGCAAUCACAGCAGGAAGCCGACACUGCUGCUAGCACCGACGAUGGUGGCGCUGACGCCAUGGACGUUCAAUCCGACAUCAAUGACGAGUCAAACGACGAGAUGUUGCUCUCGGAUGCAGAACAGAACAUUGGAAAACGCGUCAAGGUGUACGAGCUUCGAGAUCAGGCGUGGUUUGAUCGGGGAACUGGACACUGCAAAGGCGUCUAUGAUGACCAGAAUGACGUUGCUCUGUUGAUCGUGGAGGCGGAGGAUGCUCUGGACGAGGGUCGACCGGCAGACGACCCCGAAGGCCCUGGGGGCUUCUUGAAGGACGAGCUGCUACUGAACGCUCAAGUCUCGAAGGACGAUGUGUACACUCGGCAACAAGAAACGCUUAUCGUCUGGACCGAUCAAGCUACUCAGCAAGACAUUGCCCUCUCGUUCCAAGACCCCGAGGGCUGUGAAGACAUCUGGCAGUUUCUGAUGGAAGUGCAGAAGCACCUGAACAACCAGCUAGCGUCUUCAUCGUCUCCAUUGGCGGCUUCCCCCCUCCUCGGCGGCCCUGGGCUCGGUACUCCCUCUCGAGACCAAUGGCAGGCUCCAUCACUAGCCAACAUCAAAGAGCACGAAAUGUGGCUUCGGAUGCAGGCCAAGUCUGCCGCAGGUCGCGAGCGUGCAGUCGAGCACAUCAUUGGCGAGGACUACAUCAAGCAACUAAUUGGAGUGUUGAGUCAAGCCGAGGAUCUGGAGAGCAUCAACGAUCUACACGCCCUGUGCUCGCUGAUGCAGACGAUCUUGAUGUUCAACGACAAUGGAAUCUUUGAGUACAUUCUGCAAGAUGACAUUUUCAUGGGCGUCUUGGGAAUGUUGGAGUAUGACCCAGAGUUCCCAACUCUGAAGGCUUCGUAUCGAGCAUUCUUCCGACAAUACUCCAAGUUCCGGCAGGUUGUCGAGAUCAAGGAUGAGGCGAUUAGGAACAAGAUCCACCAAACAUCGCGUCUCCUUUAUCUCAAGGACGUCGUCCUGGCCCGCAUGUUAGAUGACCCGACGUUUGGUAUCCUCAACAGCUUUGUCUUCUUCAAUCAGGUGGACAUUACGACGUACAUCCAGGCGGACGAGGUGCUCCUCCACGACCUGUUUGUGGAGUUUCGACGGGAGCAAGAGGAUGCAGAUCGCGACCCCAAGAAGAGGGACCUCGUCAUGUUCCUCCAUCAACUGAUGGUCAUGGGCAAGGGCGUGCAGGUACCAAAUCGUCUGGCGCUGUACAGGACUCUUCUCGACCGCGGCCUGUUGUUUGCGUGCGAAUGGGCCUUCCGCCAGCGCGAGGCCACCAUCCUCCACGCCGGAGCGGAGAUCCUGACUCUCUGCGUCGAACAUGACGUCAACGCUGUGCGCCUUCACGUUUUGCGUGAGGAAGAGUUGACCCGGCGAACCCUUGUGAUGGAGAUUAUUGGCCUACUCCAGAGUACCCAUGACCAGGGCCUCGUCCAGCAAACGGUGGAGACAUUGAGGACUUUGUUGGAGCCAGGACCGGACAAUGAGCAAACCUUUGGACGCGCCAAAGAGUUGUCCGUGGUCGACACGUUUACACAAUACUUUUAUGACCAGUGUGCCACUCAAUUAUUGGCACCACUGAGUGACCUACCUGAUCUGAAAGACCAAAAAGGUCCUCCAGUGUUGAGCAGUGAACGUUCAUCUUUGCUGAACACGCUGAUCGACCUGUUGUCGUACUGCAUUGGCAUUCACGCCCACCGCGCGCAGUUCUAUAUCCUGUCAAACCCCCUGGCCCAGAAAGUCUGCCACCUCAUCUAUGCCAGGGAGAAGACUUUGAGGCAUUGCUCGCUCCGGUUCAUCAAGGCCUGCUUGAAGACAAACAACCACUUUAUCCACCGCAACUUUGCCAAGCUCGGCGUCACCAAGGCUAUCCUAGACUUGGAGAACAUGAAGCCGAUCAUUGUUGACAUGUUUGACAAGCACGAGGACAUUAUGACGAGGCUGGGAGAUCGUCCCUACGUCCGCGGCUACGUCGUGGGCCUUCGUGUUCGCUGGGAACAGUACAAGGAGCCGCCCCCUGCUCCGCCACCACCAGUUGCCGAGUCGAGCAAGAUCCGAUCAUCAGCAGACGACCAGGACGGGUGGUUCAACCAAUCCGAAGAUGAGACCGAGGGUGAAACAGAGGCGGCUGUCGCCGGUGCUCAUGUGCCUCUGAAACGCAAGCGGGGACUGCAAGCAGGAAACGCCGGAAAACGGCAGUCACCGGCCAAGACGACCGCCAGUCCAGCCUUGGGCCUCGACUAUGACGACGCGUCCGACAGCGACGGCUCGACAGGAGGAGAGUCGCCAAAAGUGCGGCCAGUUACUCUGACUUUUGGGGACCUGGCCGACACGCAACAUCAACUAUCCGACGAUCUCUCGGAUGUUGCCCUGAAGAUUCGCGCAAAGCGAAUGCGGGAAGAGGAGGAGGAGGAAGCUGGUGGGCUGGCAGAUCUCGUUGGUGGAGGCAAGGGCUCUUCUGUCAAGAAGGAGCCAGCAAAAGAAGGGGGGGAAGGGGCCUCUCGCGCGUCAGUGGCCAGCGGUAGUGGGCCGGUGGCCGCAGAUGGCAAGGAGAAGAAGAUUCGUCUGAGCCUGGGAGGGCUAGGCAAGAAGUUGAGUGGGGGCAAGGCGUAGUUGCCGUCAUGUACUAGUAGUGUCAUUUGACGUAGCGAAAGUGUUAGAAG